UUUUAUAAUUGAAACUAGAAAUUUGAUACAUUUGAUAUAAGUUUGUGGACUUUUAAACGAUCCAAUAUAAAAUUUGGAGCUUCUGGGAUUUACAGUAAGAAACAUCGUCUUAAGUUCGUAAUAACUCUCUACACCUACUACACACUGUCAACAAUGGCGGAAUACGCGGUUUUUUUCUCAUUUGGAGCUCAAACACCUCACUGAACUUUGGAUUCCAGGGAUUUUGAAUUAACUGUGAUAGGGAUGAACCAUAUAGCUAAGCAAGUGUUUUUGCUUCUGAUUUGUGGUGUUCUGUACAAUGUAUGCGCUUCAAAUACGAUAUUUAACCAGUCCAUUCAUGGUCAGUUGAAUGCUUCUGGAAAUGAAGACAGCAAAGCAGCAUGCCCAACCAAUUGGACUGUUGGUCCUAACAAAACCAAUUGCUUUGGAUAUAUUAAAACUAUGCUAACAUGGAAUGAGUCAGAGAUGUAUUGUCAAAAUCAUGGUGGAAUAUUGGCAGCAUUGACAACAUCUGAAGAACUAAGCAUUGCUGAAAAAAUUUGUGGUGAAACUUCUAGUGGCUGCUGGAUUGGGGGAAGGAGCAUCAAUUCUAGUUUCAGUUUUGGUUGGAAGUGGUCUGACAAUACUUCCCUAUGGAAUGGGUCAAUCUUUACUAGGGCUCCCCUUCUAUUGAAUUGUAGCAGUUUGUCUUGUCGGAGCAAUAGUUCAACUGAAUUAUGUGCAUUGGUUAAAAAAGGAUUUAAACAUCUUUUUGGUGAUAGAUGCAACAUGCCUCGUGAAUUUAUUUGCAUGGUUGAAAUGGGGAAUAAGUGCUCCCACAUGCAUUGCCACAGGGAAUAUCUUAUCAUUCUAGCUGUAGUGAGUGGAUUAAUCUUCUUUACAACACUAGCUGUUGUCAUUUGGCUACUUGUAUUCAAGCGAAGCAAGAAGCGGAAACGCUCCCGCAAACAAUCUAACCCAGCAGCUUCUGCACUUGUUCCCCCAUCUUGGAAAGUUUUCACCAAAGAGGAACUUAGAUCAAUUACAAAGAACUUUAGUGAAGGAAACCGUCUUCUUGGAGAUGCGAAGACGGGGGGGACUUAUAGUGGGCUUCAACCUGAUGGUUCAAGGGUGGCAAUUAAAAGGUUGAAGAGGUCUAGUUUUCAAAGAAAACAUGAGUUUUAUUCUGAAAUUAAAAGGGUUGCAAGGCUCCACCAUCCAAAUUUGUUGGCUGUGAAAGGAUGUUGCUAUGAUCAUGGUGACCGUUACAUUGUUUAUGAGUUUAUAGUUAAUGGACCCUUGGACAAAUGGCUACAUCACAUACCAAGAGGUGGUCGGAGUUUAGAUUGGGCCAUGAGGAUGAAAAUUGCCACAACACUUGCUCAAGGAAUUGCAUUUCUGCAUGACAAGGUCAAGCCACAUGUUGUGCAUCGUGACAUCUGUGCCAGUAAUGUUCUACUUGACGAAGAGUUUGGAGCACAUCUUAUGGGAGUUGGUCUGUCAAAAUUUGUUCCGUACGAAGUAAUUCAUGAGAGAACAGUGAUGGCAGGUGGCACACAUGGAUACCUUGCUCCUGAAUUUGUGUACAGAAAUGAGCUUACAACUAAGAGCGAUGUGUACAGCUUUGGUGUGCUGCUACUGGAAAUAGUAAGCGGCCGUAGGCCUGCACAGGCAGUUGAUUCAGUAGGUUGGCAAAGCAUCUUUGAAUGGGCUACACCUUUGGUGCAGGCUCAUCGCUACCCGGAGCUCUUGGAUCCUCACAUAACAGCAUCUUCUUCUGAUAUUCCUGAGGCUGGUGUCAUUCAAAAGGUGGUGGACCUUGUUUAUGCCUGUACUCAGAAUGUGCCAUCAAUGCGCCCAAGAAUGUCUCACGUUGUUCAUCAAUUGCAACAAUUAGCUCAACUACCUGCUUUAAAGUAAGAACUUACUAUUGUUCAUUUAUAGGUUUGUAUUUCUCCGUAGAAGUAUGUAUAUCGGGAUCAUUUUGCCCAUGAUAAUAGGUAUAUCUAAUGACGAACUAGACUGUAGUACCAAUAUAGUUUUUAUCCUUUGCAAUUGAUUUCUAGAACUAAUCUCUAAUGUAGCUCUAAUCAUUUAUAAACUUUACCUUUGACUAUAACUAGAUGAGCGGCUGUGAUCCAUUAGCUGCUUUUUUUUUAAA